AGCAAGAAAAGAGUAGAUAAAGGAAAAGGAAAGAUGGAACAGAAAGAUAAGACUCAUAAGAGGAAAGGGUUAGGGGAGUAAAUGCACAUGGAAACUGACCUUAAACAACCAACAAUUGUUGUUUACUGAUAAAUACAAUGCCAUAACAGCAUCUUCCUCCCACCUAGCAAUGAAUGUUGCACAACAAGAGAGAGAAAUGGUGAAAACUUUGAGGAACAGUCCAAAAAUCCAAAAGGAGAGAGAGAGAGAGAGAUCUGGCCACCAAGAAGAACAACAACAGAACAGCAAACAUCACAGAAAGAACAGAAAAAGCUUCUCCACCAUUGCCACCUCCUUCCCUGCCCUCUCCAUAUCCUUCCAUCAUCAUCAUAUUUUUAAAUUUGUUUCACUUUUGCAGCCACCCCCUGCUUUGCUUUUUUCAUCCAGCCACCACCCCUUUCUCUCUCUCAUGAAAGAGUCCACAAGCAAAUCUCCUCUUUCAGCUUUCUCUGUCUAGCUUCAAUGGCCCAGCUGGACCAAGACUUGAGCUUUGAGAGGAAAGGAAGAAAACCCACCAAAUGGAAAUUGAAAACAAAUUUGCCCUUCUUCUCUCUAGGCAAGAUGAUUGGGAAAGGUUAGAGAGAGAGAGAUUGUAGGAUGGUAUUUCAGCUGUUUGUCCUCCUCCAUCCAACCAUACCCACCAUCAUCUCCAACAACAAAAAAGAAGCCAAGCACUCAAUUCAAUUCAACUCUCUUCUCUUCUGUUCCCAUCUCCCAACAAACAAAAAACCACCACCCAAAAUAAAUGGAGAGGUGGGUAUAUCCCAGAAAUGCCCUUCUGCAAACCCCCAAAAGAUCCCCAUCUUCAUCACUACUACUAUUGCUUUGCUUCUCCCUCUUCUCAUACAAUCACACCACCUCUACUACUCCUCCUACUGCUGCUGUCUGUCACAAACAAAAAUUAAAGAAAGAAACUUUAAACCCCUCUUCCCACCACCACCACCAAGAAAUUUUAUUUCUUUUUCCCUUCACAAGCCGAAUUAUGUGGGCUUCUUUGGGUUUUCUUCUUUGUCCUGGUCAGAGUUUUUCACCAGAGAAAACAGGGAAAAGGAAAGCGAGAACCUUCUCACCUUCCCACCCCCAUUUCCCCUCCCUUCCUCCCUUAUCUCUUUCACUCUCCUUCCCCUUUUUUUCUUUCUUGUCUCUCUCAUUCUCGCCUUCAUUUCUCUUUCUCUCCCCCUCUCUUACCCUCCCUUCUUUUCCGUUCUUCUUCCUUCUCCUUGCCCUUUAGAUCUUGUAUUGGUUUGAUCUGAGAAGCUACAUGAAGAAGAUGAAAGGUGUUGCUGCUGCUGUGGUUGUGGGAUCUUCUCCUUCGCCGUAUGCCGUGGCAGCUGCUGCUGGAGCUGGUUAUGAUGAUCCCAGGAUUAGGUUCAAGCACGAGAGCCUUAUGCAGGACUAUGAGGAAUUGCUCAAGGAAACAGAAGCGAAGAGGAAGAGGUUGGAGAUGAUGAAGCAGAGGAAAAUGACACUAAUGGCUGAAGUGAGGUUCUUGAGGCGUCGGUUCAAGUACUUGACUGAAAACCAGACUCAGAACCUUAAGCCGGAGCAAAAGCUCUUGCCAUCACAGACCACAGUGAUCAACAAGAGCAAGAAAGUGAGGAAAAACAAGGGAACUAACUCUAGUAACCAUGAAACUCCUGCUUCUUCGAGGCAGCCUGCUCCGAAGUUCGAUUUGAACCGUAAAGGAAGGGUUUAUACUGAGAAGGAUUCUGUUGCAGCCCGGGUUUCAGCAGCACCGUCGAUUGACUUGAACCAGAAGCAACAGAAUUCCUCUCACAUGGGAAGAGAAGCUGCCAUGAGGAAUUCCGGAGUGAUUCCUGACCUUAAUGAGAAGGAAAGGAUGUUAGGAGGGAAGGAUGCUGCUACUAGAAACAAUGCUCCAUUCUUCGACUUGAACCAAAUCUCGACUGAAGAGGAAGAAUUACAGACAAACGGAGAGAUGAUGACAACAACGAGAAUAGAGGAACCAAGGAUAAUAAGUACAUUGCGUGGUGGAAUCAUCGAUGAACAACACAGCAACGACUUGAAGUUGUCAGCCUGUAGGAACAUAGGGAACGUGCCAAGCCGGGCUGGGAAGAGGAAGAUAUCAUGGCAGGAUCCAGUAGCUUUAAGAGUGUGAGGGUUUUCUUUUCUGCCUAAUGAAAAGAUUACAUAAUUCUUUACUACCUUCCUCUUAAGCUGGUUUUUUUCACCUUGUAAUAGCCAGAACAAAACCCCUAGAUGAGAGAAUCCACUUCAUUGUAAAGUAGAAAAAACAAUUCCGUGAUAUAGCAUAUAUGAUCAUAUCAUUUCACAGCUCAUUCAGCACCACAAGGACCCGAUUCUCGGAAGUGUCAACACUCUGCCAUUCUUUACACCUGUUCUCCAACUCCGAUGCAGCUGACAGAAUCAACUGCAUUGGUUUAAUCUUGUGAUUACACUCAUCGAUGCCUU